CCCCUUCUUCAUUUCACAAACCCUUAAACCCUAAAACCCCCAAUUCAUUCCCUUAAACCCUAACCACCAAAUGAAAAUUCUCCUCCACAUCCUCCAAUCCCCCGCCUACCGCCGUCACCAAACCCGUUCAAUCUUCGAUUCCGCCGCCCCCAUCAAAUGGGUUCGCGACAGAGCCUUAGAUCACGCCGUAGAAAAAGAAAGGAACCUAAAACCUAUGAUAAACCUCAAGAACUUCAUCAAGUCUGAGCCCUCCAAAACCUCCCCAAUCUCUCUCAUUCUCCAACACAAACAUGACCUUGAAACCCCUUUUAGGCCAAUUGAGUUUAUUCGCAAGUACCCUUCUGUUUUCGAAGAGUUUUUGCCCGGUGGAAUCGGGGUGAAUCCUCAUAUUAGGCUGACUAAUGAGGUGAUGCAGCUUGAUGGGGAGGAGGAGAUGGUGUUUUUGAGUGGAGGGCAUAAGCAGGAUGUGGCUGAUAAGCUGUUGAAGCUGUUGAUGGUGGGGAAGGUUAAUAGGAUUCCAUUGCGUGUUAUCGAUAAGUUGAAGUGGGAUUUAGGUCUGCCUAAUGAUUAUGUUGAAAGUGUUGUUCCCGAGUUUCCAGAUUAUUUUUGUGUUAGGAAAUGUGAUGGUUUGGGGGUUCUUGAAUUGGUGUGUUGGAGUGAGGAGUUGGCUGUGUCGGAGAUGGAGAAAAGGGCAAUGAGUGGUAAAGAGGGGUAUAGUAAGGGAAUGCCAAUUGCGUUUCCUUUGCAGUAUUCGAGAGGGUUUGAGGUUGAUAAGAAGUUUAAGAAGUGGGUUGAUGAUUGGCAGAAGUUGCCUUAUGUUACUCCAUAUGAGAGUGUGCUGAGUUGUCAGGGCAAAGGGGAUGAGUUUGAUAAGUGGGCGGUCGGGGUUUUGCAUGAGAUUCUAAGUCUUUUUGUGCCCAAGAAGACUGAGAAGGAUAAUAUUCUAUUGCUUGGAGAUUAUUUGGGGGUUAGGUCGAGGUUUAAGAAGGCUUUGCUUCAACAUCCUGGUAUAUUUUAUAUUUCGAGUAAGCUUCAUACUCAUACUGUUGUUCUGAGGGAUGCUUAUAAGAGGGAUUUGUUGAUUGGGAAGCCUAAUCCAGUAAUGGAAAUGAGGUCUAAGUAUAUUCACCUUAUGACUGCGGUGAAAGAGGAGAGUAAAUCAAAGAGUGCCCAAGUUGGUAAUACUCGAAGGAAAAAGAAAAGUGUUGAUUUAAAAGAAGGGGAGGAAGAGGAUUCAAAGGACGAUGAAAAUGAGGAAGAAGAAGAUGAAAAUUCAAAUAGGUUGUCAGAUUCUGAGUUUGAGGAGGAGUCUGAUGAUGAUGACUAUGAGGACGAGUCUGAUGAUGAUGAAAGUGAACAUGAGAGUACAAUGAACAGAGGAAGAGCAAGCGGAAAAUCAAGUUUCGAAGAGAAGGCAAGAGCUUUGAGGACUGAGCAGAAACAAUUUGAUGGAAGACACCCAAGUAAAACUGGGGACAGACGGUCACCCACACAUUCCAGAGGGAAAGAAAUCCCCGCAAAAUUUGACAGAGACGAAUCAAAUAGAAGGCACCAAAGUAAAACUUUGGAUGGCCAAUCGCCAUCAUAUGAAAGAGGAAGACAAAGUCCUAUAAGAAAUGAGAGACAUGAAUCAACUGGAAGACGAGAAAGCAAUUAUAGACAUGAGAGAGAUGAAUCAAAAAGAAGCUACCCUGAUAAAGCUCAGGACAAAAGGUCAUCAACAUUUUCUGGAAGAAGAGAAGGCCCGUGGAGAGAUGAGUCAGAUCGUUCUGCUAGAAGACAAAGCCCUAUUAGAAAUGAGAGAGAAGAAUCAAAUGGAAGAAGAGAAAGCAAUUUUAGAAAUGAUAGUAAUGAAUCAAAAAGAAGUUACCCUGAUAAAUCUCAGGACAAAAGGUCAUCAACAUUUUCCGGAAGAAGAGAACGCCCUUGGAGAAAUGAGCCAGAUCGUGCUGCUAAAAGAUACCCGAGAGGAACUGAGGAUAGUCAGUCACCUCAAAGUUUUAGAGGUCAAGAAGCCUCUCCCACAAAUAGUCCAAACCAAUCUGAUAGACGACAUCCCAGUAAAGCUCGUGACGAGCAGUCACCUACACACACCAGAGGUAAAGAAACGCUUAAAAACCAAAUGGCUCGUAGGAAACCGCAUGGAAGGUCAGAUGUCUCGAGAACCAGAAAGAGUACUUCUCCAAACAAGACACCUACUUUUUAACGAUGCAGUUUGUGUUGAAGUGUCAUAGAAAGGUUUUGCUCCUACUUAUUUAUGUUGAGUUUGUUUUCUCUAAUUUUCUGAGACUUUAGAUCUCGGCAUAACUACAAGCGGGGUGUCACUUUUUGACCUGCAUAGCUGCAUUCUCUUGAAGUGUGUUUAUCAUUGCCAUAGUCUGGUUUGCAAUUACUGCAAAAGCACUUCUCUCCUCUUCCAGUCUUGGAGGAGUGCCGAGUUGAAUGAGCAAAUUAAGAAAUUUGAGGAGGUAACACUGUCGGAGUUCGAGAAGCAGGGGGAGAACAGCAGCAGAGAGCCGCUAUAAAGUACCUGUAAUGUAAUUGGAAGCGGAGGAGAUGACUACACUUCUAAUUAUUUUCUUGAAGGAUCAAAGUCUAAUAUCAACAUUAAAGCAUUCACUGAUAACCUUAUAACUAGGGGUGUGCAAACGGUUCGGUUAACCGA